GUUUCACACCCAUAAUGAAUUUGAUUUUGACUCUGAAGAUGAAUGAACAGUUCCCCCAACGCCCAGUCUACGCCACCUAAUCAAACCGCACACUCUUUCUAUGGAUGAUGUAAACAGUGAACAAUGCACGCACGCAAGUAAGCGGAGGGCGAGACCACGCAACUAACAAAAUCUACGCUCACACCGAAGCCUUUGUCAGGUUUCAUCAAACUGUCUGGUAGACCGACCAGUCAAAUCUCAUCAUUUCUCAUACCACAACGAUAACUACUCUCUCGCACUUACGAACCCUAAACUACUACUACUAUUAUUACUUCAAAUUUUCUUUCUUUUAAGUUUAUACUGAUCGAUCUCUAAGCUAACGACCCUUCAAUUUUUCCUUUUCGAUUUCAUCUAAUUAGGAAGUGCGGGUCAUUUCUUGGGCAACUAAAACAAAUCUCUCCUCAAAGUCAUCUACCUUUUAAAUUUGUCUCCGUCUGAUCUCUUUUUCUCUCACCUGUUGGUCUCUUCUUCUGCUAUAUACCUUCUCUUCCUUCCUCGGACUUCUCUGUCUACCCUUCUUCUUUUUGGAGUUUUAGCAGUUGGGGACUAAAGGGUUUUUUGAUUUUCAGCUGGAGAUCAUGAUAGAAUGAUUGAUGAUUCUUCUGUUUUUUCUCUCUUUACUAAUCUUAGUAUCUCCAAAGGGAUUUUUUUCUCCUUUCUGACAAUAAUAUUCAGGCUCAGAUUUGAAAGUCAAGUGAAUAAUAUUUGAGAUAGAGAGAGAGAGAGAGAGUAAAGUUGGAAGGAAUGGCAGCGCCGCCUAGUAGUAGGCUUCAGAAUAUGUUGCAGACGGCGGUGCAAUCAGUUCAAUGGACGUACAGUCUUUUCUGGCAAAUUUGUCCCCAGCAAGGGAUCUUAAUAUGGUCAGACGGAUACUACAAUGGAGCAAUUAAGACAAGAAAGACAGUGCAACCAAUGGAGGUUAGUGCGGAGGAAGCUUCUUUGCAAAGGAGCCAGCAGCUUAGAGAGCUGUACGAGUCAUUGUCUGCCGGGGAGACGAACCAACCAGCACGGCGACCAUGUGCAGCGUUGUCACCAGAAGACUUAACUGAGACGGAGUGGUUCUAUUUGAUGUGUGUCUCCUUCUCUUUUCCUCCUGCAGUAGGGUUACCAGGAAAGGCAUAUGCAAGGAGACAGCAUGUCUGGCUCGCAGGUGCAAAUGAGGUUGACAGCAAAACCUUUUCAAGAGCUAUUCUUGCUAAGAGUGCUCGUAUACAGACUGUGCUUUGCAUUCCUCUUCUUGAUGGUGUCGUUGAACUUGGCACCACGGAGAAGGUCCAAGAGAAUCUAGGGUUAGUCCAACGUGUCAAAACCUUCUUCAGUGAUCAAAGUCAUAACGCAAACCCUCCCCCACCAAAACCUGCUCUCUCCGAACACUCCACCUCAAACCCCGCCACCUCCUCGGACCACACCCGCUUCCACUCUUCUUCCCUUCCUCCCAUGUACGCCGCUGGAGACCCUCCAGUAAACGAUAACCAAGAAGACGAUGAUGAGGAAGAAGUAGAAGAAGAAAAUGAUGAUGAUGACGAAGAAGAACCCGAAUCAGACUCCGCUGAAACGGGUCGAAACAGCAGCCAAGUCCCCGCGCAAAUCACUCAAGCAGCAGUAGCAGCCGCAGGCGAGCCAAGCGAACUAAUGCAGUUGGAUAUGUCGGAAGAUAUUAGGCUAGGGUCACCAGACGACGCAUCAAAUAACUUGGACUCAGAUUUUCACAUGCUAGCAGUGAGUCAAAGCGGGAAGCAAGCCGACCAGCAGAGGCGAGCCGACUCGUUUAGAGCCGAGACGAGUAGGAGGUGGCAAAUGCUACAGGAACCAAUGAGCAAUAACUUUCAACCAACUUCUUCAGGGCCCCAGCCCUUGGAUGAACUGUCACGAGAAGAUACCCACUAUUCUCAGACCGUCUCCACCAUCCUCCAAGGCCAACCAACCCGCUGGGCCGAGUCAUCCUCAACCGGCUAUGCCACCUACUCCACCCAAUCAGCAUUUGCCAAGUGGACAACCCGUUCAGACCACCACAUCCACGUGGCCGUCGAAGGCAUGUCCCAAUGGCUCCUCAAGUACAUUCUAUUUACCGUACCAUUCCUCCACGGCAAAUACCGCGACGAGAACUCCCCCAAGUCACGUGACACCGACGCAGCCGCUCGGUUCCGCAAGGGAACUCCUCAGGACGAGCUCAGCGCCAACCACGUGCUGGCAGAGAGGCGACGACGCGAGAAGCUCAACGAGCGGUUCUUUAUACUAAGAUCGUUGGUUCCGUUUGUUACCAAAAUGGAUAAAGCUUCCAUACUCGGGGAUACCAUAGAGUACGUGAAACAGUUACGUAAAAAGAUUCAAGAACUCGAAACACAAAACAGACGAAUGGAAGCUGAAAACGAACGGUCGAGAUCAGCUGAUUCACUGCAGAGACCGAGUAGUUUGAAGGAUCAGAGGAAUGGGGUAACGGUGUCAGAGCGGACACGAUCAUUGGGCCCGGGACCAGGGCCGGAUAAAAGGAAGAUGAGAAUUGUGGAAGGUAAUGACGGUGGAACUAAGCCGAAGACGGCGGAGUCGCCGCCCCAAGCAACGGUGGAGACGUCGGUGGAGGUGUCGAUAAUAGAAAGCGACGCGUUGUUGGAGUUGCAAUGCGGGUAUAGGGAAGGGUUGUUGCUUGAUAUAAUGCAGAUGUUAAGAGAACAGCUUCGGAUUGAGAUAACGGCGGUUCAGUCUUGUUUGAACAAUGGGGUGUUUGUAGCUGAGUUGAGAGCCAAGGUGAAGGAUCGUGAGAAGGGGAAGAAAGUAAGCAUAAUGGAGGUGAAGGCGGCAAUAAAUCAAAUAAUACCUCGAUUCUAAGUUUUGGGUUUUUUGGCAAUAAAAUCGAAGUAAGCA